AGUCUCCCGUACGCCAGACAGUCCCAUUUCAGAGACCGCUCGGUUCAAUCUGUGGGGUUGUUUGAGGACCAGCCCAGGUCUACCGCGAAGGCUGCUGAAGGCUGGAGGCUAGAAGGAUGCAGCAUAGCGACUUGGAGAUACAUUUAGCUACAGCUAUGUCAGGGAGAGACACUCGCUGAGAUCCGGAUCAAGAGCCGCCCCCUUCUCUCUCAUUGGUUCCUCACAGCUGCCCCGCCUCCGGCUGAUCCACGAGCAGCUUAACACCGCGUGAAGUGCAAAAGCAGCCAGGAAGAGACAGCACGUCAGAGCUAGGUGCCCCUGAGAGAAGAUAAGAAGGGGGCAGACGAGCCACUCUAGCCAUAAGAAAGGAGAUGACUUUACAGCGGCCAGAAGUGGCACACGGAAACAACGCGACGACCCGGUUGUAAUGAGUAGAAGGAACACUGGGUCUGUCACUGAGCUGCUGUCCCUGAACCUCUCCUCGUGUCUUUGUCUGUGCAUGAGCGGCUUGUUGGAUGCUGAUGUUUGCAGCAGACGUGCCACAAAAUAUGGAUUAGACAUUGCUACACGCUUUUUGAAACUGUUUCAUUUUUUACUGUUAGCGUGUGGUUUUGUUGGUAUUGUUGGAUUUUAGACACAGGACUGAAGCUAUUUGAAAGCUCAUCGCUUGGAAUUACCACCAUGAACUUUGUUGUCACUUUGCACAUCCAUUUAGCCGCGGUUCUUCACUUCUCGACUGUAAAGACUGCCAGCUUUAAGGGAGUGGAGAAAAGUAAAAAUAAGGGUGGCUGUGAUGAGGUGGGCCAGGUUAAAAGUGGCAUGCCUCCACCAGCUCUUCCUCUUGCACCCCUGUUCUCUUUGGUGCGGCAUUUCUGGGCAACUAUGCGUGCUGCUCUGUGCUCCUGUAUAUCCAGCGGCGUAUUUUCUUGUCAUUCUUCUUCCAGAUGUCAUCACCAAGAGUAUGUGUCAGCCCAGGGAGAUGCUGGUGGACAUCUUCCAGGAGUAUCCGGAGGACACGGAACACACCUACAUUCCUUCCUGUGUUGUCCUAAACCGCUGUGGUGGCUGCUGCAAUGACGAAGCCAUGGAGUGUGUUUCCAUUGAAACCCGCAAUGUCACGAUGCAGGUGAUGCGGUUUAGACCUCUGGUAACACAGCACACUGUUCUGUUGAGUUUCACAGAGCAUCAAAAAUGUAAUUGCAGACAAAAGCCUGAUGUUCAAGCAAAGAAACAAUACCACUGUUUGCCUUGCUCAGAGAGAAGGAAGCGCUUGUUUGUGCAGGAUCCUCUCACCUGUAAAUGUUCCUGCAAAUUCACACAGUUGGACUGCAAGUCCAGGCAACUUGAGUUAAACAAAAUAACUUGCAGGUUUGUUUACCAUACAUACACAAGUUAUGUUGAUGAUUAAAGAUUACCAGUAAAGAAGUUGGUUCUCUCUUCGUAACAAUCCUGACUUUUCUUAUAGGUAUUCCUGCUUUAGUAGAAAGCUGAAUAUGAAUGCCUGAGGUGCAUAUCAAUGGAACACCAUGGCCAGGGACAUUUAUUUGCAUGUCACAACCCCAUAUGCUCUGUGUUUUGUGCCAUGUCAUGAUGUGUAUUAUAUUUAGGUAAAGACUGACCUUUCAGAGAUGGCUAUCUGUAUAAAUACAACAAAAAAGUAAGCACGAAUAUGUUCAUGUGCCUGUGAUCAACGUAUUGGCACUUGAUUUCCAUAUCAGAGUACAUUUUGUGUACAGCAAGAAAAGUAUGGGUAAGGAGGUUGAAACUAACUGAUCAUUUUCUCACCCAUCCCUCAUUCUAUGUCACGGUCCACUGCAGCUUCCUGUCUGCGCCGUCUCUGCAUAGUUUCUUUAUCGGCAUGGAGCAGUUCAUAUUCUGUGAGAUGAGCUUGUACAAACCCAAUUCGCUGCUAGUCCCUUAUAAAGAUUCUCACCUUGUUUUCCACAGAUGCGAUAAAACAAGAAGAUGACACUGGCAACACUGUUAUGAAGAAAUUCUUUCUUUGCAUAGCACUUUGGAAAACUGAGGAUGCAUUCAGUGCAUGACACAAAACGACAACUCAAGACAGAACAUUCUUGAAGCAAGUCUUACCACAGUAUGUUUUUGCCUAGUAAAAAUGCAUUGAGCAUUUUUAUUGCUGCUACAUACAAAGACAAUAUUUAAGCUAAACAAAUGUCACUGACGUGUGUGUGCGCGUGUGUCAGUCAAAAAAAUGGGGAUCACAACUUCAACAAAAAUAAAAGGAUUCUUGGUUGAAGUUUCUGUUGGGGUAAAGGGUAGGAAACCACUGUUUAUGGUAAAGCCUCUCUCAUUUAACCCCUCCUUUCAGGGAAAGCAGACUGGUUUAUUUUUAUGCAGAGACUUUAUUUUAUUCAUUUUGAGCUCUUUUUGUUAACAAAAUCUUUUGAGACUGUCUAGGGGUAUUAGUGUAGGUGUAUAUACAGGGACAAGAGGUGACAAGAUAUACUGAUCAUAGAACACUUCGGCUCCUCACUAGAAAUCUACAACCUUUCACUGCCCUAUUUAAUAUCUUUGUGCCAAAGAAAAAGUCGGCCAUCCACAACAGCGUAGUUGAUCGUAAAUAAUAUGUAUAUACUUAAUAUCCCUCUAUCUAGUACCCUACAUCUCAUUUAUAGAACAUGUUCAAUAUUCUGAUAUUUCUAUGCAGUGUCAAGGUCCUAUUUGAAUCUGUUUGGAGAUUCAAUGUAGAACAUGUAUGUCUGUAAACGCCUUAUAUUUGGUAGGGAAUGGACUGAAAGGCGAUGCUUUUACAUUCCUGAUUGAAACUGAAGAUGGGUUUCUCAUCAGCUAGAGAGAGAUCAUGGUGGACCAGCUGACCGAUAAAAACCCCAAGCACCAAACUGUGCAUGAAUGAUGUACUAACACAGGUGUUUUUCAUUUGGACUGGCGUGAGACAUGUGGUUUAGCACUUGUUUGCCCGAAGGGAUUUUAGUUGCUGCUUCACUACAGGGCCAUAAUUUAGUGAAGCAUAUCCAAGCAGACUCUGCUGAUGGCAAGAUUGCACAGUGUUUCUCUUGACUCUAAGGUCUUCAUUCUUAAGUAUUGCUCUAUUUUGUGGAUCUGUACAAUACAGACAUUUCUUGUAAUACUAAACUGUUAGUAUAUGAGAAAAACACCUUUCUCAUCCAUGAUCAAACUUGAGGCCUCAGGGUGUUCCCGGAGACCGGCUGCCUGCUCUAUGACAACGCUUUAAGUCCUCUGAUGUCCACAUUCUAAUUGUAAUUAAAUUACACUUUUUGCACAGUUAUAUUUUCAGAUUAAUAUAUUUAUUGGUGCUGUAAAAAAAAUUGCAAUAUUGAUACUUAAUGUUUUUUAACUAUUGAAACCUUCAUUUUGAAAAAAUGUUUUUGUCAAGUUUGAAAACCUUUCAUAUAAAUAUGAUGGUGUAAGAUGUAUUAAUUGUGACUUGAUGUGACCUGACAUCCUAGUGAAUCAUCAAGACAUUAUGUGGCCAACAGAGCUGUUACAGCGUAAAUUCUACAAUUGGAAUUGCAUUUCCAUUCUUAUUUACUUAUUAACUGGGCCUACUCUAUGGUUUUCCCUCAGUGCCUUCUUCACUUUGAAUAAUAAAUGGAGGUUGCCCAAAACAUGGUGCCAGCCAUGCAGACACAACUUGACGGCGAUGAAAUUUCCAAACACAAGGGUUUGAUAUGAUCCACAAACCAGUGGGUAAUUUUGAUAAACAGGCUUUUGGCUGAUACAUUUGUUUGGUGCAGUCAUCCAAAACUUAAAAAGCAUUUCCCUGCAUUAUUUGUAACUCCAUUAAAAGAAGAAUGGAAUGUGUUUAGGCUGAGUAUUAUUGGAAAGGAAUGAUUGAAGAGGUACAUCAGAGUUACCACAGCAGCUAUUCUGUUAUUGUAAACAAUUACUCCCUUUUACAUGAAUUCAUAUCCCAUUGUCGAAAAUUCUGAACAUUGUUUCUUUCUUGGAGUCUACUCUACCCUCAGACUUCUAACUGGAUUGUGUUUUUGUUUUCUGCCGUCGCCCUGCCAGACACCCACUGCUACUGGUACAUUCAAUUUACUGUUACAGCUUUUAUUAGGCCCUUAGCAACAUGCUCUAAACCAGUGAUUCUCAACUAGUGGGUCGCGGACCCGUUUUUAGUGGGUCGCGGGCCUUUGCAUGGGAAAAUUAAAAUAAAAUAAAAAUAAUAAAUAAAAAAAAUAAUCCUGUGAUUUUAUUUUGAAGGGACUUUUCUAAUGCAGCUGAGUGUUGUUUUUUUUGGCGGCUCGUCCGUCGGCUCGUCAUUAAGGGGUGAUGGUGGGUCCCGGAGCCAGACCAGUUGAGAACCACUGCUCUAAACUGUACAAAUAGGAUUUAAAUAAGUGAAUAAGUAAUUGAAAUGUAUGUGGACAUUUAAUAGCGGAAAGUUUUACUAUGAAGGUGAAGCUGAACAAUUUUUAAGAGCGGCUUUAGUGCAGGCCUCACAAAAGAGAAACUGCUGGAGUGAAAAUCUGUAUUUUUCCAUCUGUGGUUUUCCUAUUUGUACGUUUCAACCACCAUCUUUAAUCUUCCGAGCCUAUUGGAUCCGACUAGCCCCACGUGGAAAAGAGUAACGGCUCUCUUAGCCAAGACAAAACUGGCACGGCAUAAAAUGACACAUAACAGUGAUAUUUGGCUUUGACAUCAGCGUAUUCAUGCAAUAGGCAAUUGCUAUGUUGUUUUUGUUGUUAACUCAUGGCAGGGGUGCCCAAUAGGUUGAUUACGAUAGACCAGUCAAUCGCCAUGGCAAUGCCAGUAGAUCGCCUGCCAUUGAUUAAAAAAAUGAAUAGAAAUCAUGUCACGCAUCCACGGUUGGGCCUAAUGGGAACAAAUGCUAAUGCUUAUUAGUGAUCUUUGCACAUCACGGACGUAUUUGAUUUCAUUCCAAGCAACCCAAGGUGACUUCAAUCAGUGCAAGUCAUCAGAGUAAGAUAAUGACCAAAAAUGUAUGGAACGGUGGUGAUGGUUCCCUUGCUUCUAACAGAUGAGAUUUUAUAUUGAUACGUUUUGCGCUGAUGGCAUGCAGCGCUGUUGUCACCUUGGUUACCGCUACUAUUCUUUCGCCCAACAUCCAGCCCCAUCACCCGUCACCCGAACAGAACAGAAAAUGGUUGUCAAGGUCUUGGAUUUUUUUCUCAACCCUGGCCCAAUUUGAAAUGGCCUGGUACUUAAAAGGAACUGUGGAGCAAGAUUUGUACAGACAUUUGCAACUCACUCCCAAAGAAAUGCAAACAAAUUUGAAGUAAUAUCAAUUUAACAACUAAUCAUCACAAUAAGAAACAAUACCUGACCGUACCAGUGGUGUCAGUGCUGUACCACGAGUAUAAUUUGUGGUCCUGUCUCUGCUGAGAUGUUUGCUGAGGACGAUCUUCCACAUGUGUUUUGACUUGAAAUAAAGAGCACCCUUUACUGCCCUGCUGGUGAUGCAUUCAGGGAUUUGCAGUUUUUUGGUGUAAAGGCAAAGUAGCUAAUGUGCAAAGUAGGGCUGUCAAAAAUAGCACGUUAACGACGUUAAUUAGUUGUUUGUUGUUAAUUACGUCAAUUUUUUUAACACAAUUCACGCAUGCGCAGAUUACAAAUUAUUCAGGUCAGGAAAGUACCUCUUCCUCUAGGGAAUGCACUUCAUCCAACAUAUAUACACAUUACUAUAUUAACAACACAUUACUGCCACCUGUAGGCAUCUGACAGGCCGUCAGGUUCUGCAAGUCGUUUGCGCCAGUCCACGCUGAAUGUUCGCAGGCCAUUAACAAAAUCAACUUCAGAUCAUUUGACCAACACAAUAGCAAAAUGUUCCAACACGUUGAAAUUCGAAUGGUCAAGCGCGUGAGCAGAAAUAAAGAGGCCGUCAUCGCCAUUCUUGCCAAUUCAAAAGGACCGGGGGGGUGCGGGUGCUAGCGGUCAACGUGGGGGGGUGCUGGCGAUCGAUGGGGGGGUGCUAGCGGUUUUCCUUGCAGCGCCAGUCUCAUCUUUUUCCGUUCUAAUUGCCGCUCAACUUCAAGGUGUAACUUUUAUUAUUGUCUGGUGGAAAUCGGGAGAAAGGUCGUUCCGGGAGAUUUUCGGGAGGGGCUUUGAAAUUCGGUAGUCUCCCGGGAAUAUCGGGAGGGUUGACAUGUCUGGUCAUCGCAGCCCUGGACCAUCAGGAGCACAAACUCGUUUUGCUGACCGCAGCAGAGUGGGAUAAACUGCAGAGGCUCGAGACCCUUCUAGAGCAGGGGUGUCAAACUCAUUUCGCAUCGUGGGCCACAUACGGCCUAGGGAGAUGUCAAGUGGGCCGGACCUUUAAAAUUAUACCAUACUCUGCUAUAAAUAACCAAAAUAUCAUGUCUUUCCUUUGUUUUGGUGUAAAGAAGCACAAGAACAUUAGGAAAAUAUUGAAAUUUAAUGAACUAUCCUUUUACAAAACAUUUCAUGAAACACCUCAUAUUUCCUUAGACAAAUGUGCAAUUUACUUUUAUCAUUCACAAAUAUGCAUUGCAACUGAUCCCACUGAUUGUACAAAGGCACAAAACUUUAAUUGGUACUGAAAAAUAUAGUAAUGCACUUUAAGAUUAAAUGAGACUUUCUCCGUUUGGAUAACGACAUUUUGGCUAAUGAGGGUGUAGCGGAGAGGUAGAGACCAAGGUGUUAACAACGUCAUAACAAGCAGCAGAUGGCGCAUUGAUACCGUCUGCUGUUUUCAGUCUGUCUCAGUGAUGCGGCUUGUCUUCUACUCUGAUGGAAAGAGUGCGCCCCUUAGCGGAUAAUCCAUGAAUUGCAUCGAAUUAAAAAUAUUAAUUCCAUGUCUUUUAUGCAUUUUUUCCACUUUCAAAUUAUCCUGCGGGCCUGAUCGAACCUCCUUGGGGCCGGUUCCGGCCCGCGGGCCGUAUGUUUGACACCCCUGUUCUAGAGCCAUGCAGGGAAAUCAGUCUGUAACUUAUCAAAUAACAUUGCUUUGAUUAUUUUCUGGAAUGAAUUAAACCAAGUCAAAUAUCAAUAACAUGUAUUUAUGUAAAAAAUAAUAAUGAUGAUAAUAAUAAUGAUAAUUAUGUAUUUGUGUCCUGUUAUUUAUCUUUGGUAUGCAUUUCAGAAAGAAAAAAUGGUUAGGAUUAAGGUGUAAUAGGUGUAAAUAGUGAUUAAUCCUGAUUAAUCCACUGAAAAUUCUGAUUAAUUUUUAAUCAUUUGACAGCCCUAGUGCAAAGGCAAGGGCCUCUUGUUUCCUUCCUUGUUGGUUAUGUGAUCUCUCCUUUGUUUGGCUUUGUGACUGGUACAGGGGUGCUGGGAAAAGUUCUUACAUGUACAUACCUUACGACAGAGAUGGCCAGUAUGUCUAUUACUUGUAUUUGAAAUGCGUAUUUCAAUUACAAGUAUUUGUAAUUUGUAUUUUAUAGGAAUAAACAUAAUUUGUAACAAAAAACGAUCGAGUGCUCCAAUUUUGUCUCCAAAUCAAAAACAGUUUACAAGAUGAGUCCUCACAUGGUAUAUGUUGAUGAUUAGAAUUUACCGAGCAUGCUAAUGACGACUAUGCUGUCUGGGCUAGUAUUUAGCAAGUUAACUCAUCAGUCGAGAAGCUAUAGAAAGAGAGAGAUUGGGAGCUUGUAUGUUCAUGAUAGCCUUAUCAAGAGGCGUCUUAUUAAUGUUAUAUUGAUUUACUAUUUAGCUUUUAUUUCUUCUAUUUUUAAUUACCUGUGUACAACUGGUUUUAAUUCUAUAUUUAGACUGUAUAGUAUACCGUAUUUUCGCGACUAUAAGGCGCACUGGAUUAUAAGACGCACCUUCAAUGAAUCGCCGAUUUUAGAACUAUUUUCCUAUAUAGGGCGCACCGUAUUAUAAGGCGCAUAGAAUAGAAGAUACUGCAGUAAAACGUUUGACUGGGGUUGCGUUAUGCAUCCACUAGAUCGGGCUGUGCUAAAUCACACAUUAUUAAGCGUUCACUCCCAUGGUAACGUUGUUCAAACGUUAAUGUGGAUAUUAACAAUAUCUCUGAACCUCCAACUUUCGUUCUUGAUUAAUGAAAACAUUCUUGGCAAAUGCUUUCGUGCAUCUCGCACCGAGGGGCAGCGCUGGAACAGGCGGUAGCGCCUCGCGGCGGACCGUCAGCUCGAUCCCGAGAUCCAACUACGAGCUUUAAUAUACGCUGUUGGAGCUGGAAUUACCGCGGCUACUGGCACCAGAAUUUCCCUUCAAUGGAUUCUCGUUAACCAGUAUGGAUCAACCAAUUCAUUCUAAAUAUAUGGCGCUCUGGAUUAUAAGGUGCUGUCGUUUUAUGAGAAAAAAAAAGGAUUUUAAGAGCGCCUUAAAGUCGUGAAAAUACGGUACUUCGGCCUAAUGUAUGAUGCUAUUAAUAUGUA